UCGUACGAAAUAUUCCUUGAUCACUUCAGAACGGCAAAUCAGAUAGUAAAUUCGUAAGGAAACUGCUUAGAUAAGUCAUUUAUAAACAUUCUGGUUUAGGUGAAAAUGGGGUGUGGAAAGAAAAAAAUUAAAAAUGUGGAUAACGAGCACGUUCUGUACACAAAAAAGUUCUUGAACACUAAAAAACUGUUGCUGUUAGGCACUGGCGAAUCUGGUAAAACCACCAUCAUAAAACAAAUGAAGAUUUUGCAUAUCAACGGAUUCUCCGAAAGUGAGAAAAAAGAGAAGAUUGUCCAAAUAAAGCAGAAUAUACACGAAUCUAUAUACGACAUUGUGAACAAUAUGAGCAAAAUUGAUCCGCCGGUAGAGCCAGAGAGCGAAGAUGCUAAAAAAUCUAUUGAAUUCAUUCUACAAAUUGGAGAAAAAGAACCUACGGAAUAUUCAGAUGAGUACUUCGAACACAUCAAAGUGGCUUGGGCUGAUGUAGGAGUGCAGAAAGCGUUCAGAAGAUCUAAUGAAUACCAGCUUAUUGAUAGUGCAGAACAUUUUCUGAACAACAUAGACACCAUCAAGAGAUCCGACUACAUACCAUCAUUACAAGAUAUCCUCUUCUGCAGAGUUAUGACGACAUCUGUUAGCAAAAUAGAAUUCGACGUACCGAUACCAAAAAAGUACGGGGGCGGGACAGCAGAGUUCUGGAUGUUCGACGUAGGCGGCCAGAGAGGAGAAAGAAAGAAGUGGAUCAAAGUAUUUGCAGGGAUCCAAGCAAUUCUGUUCCUUAUUGCAGCUAGCGACUUUGAUUUAACUUUGCGCGAGAAUAAGAAAAUCAAUAGGCUUGAGGAGUCUUUCGAGUUGUUUAGAGACAUUUAUUCCAGCGAAUAUGUUCUAGAUGCUGGUUUAAUUGUUUUCUUGAAUAAGCAAGACAUACUGAAGAAAAAAAUCGAACAGGGAAUAAAGCUAGAGAAAUACUUUCCAGAAUUUAGCCUUUACAGCCCAGAUGGGAAACUGAAGUGUAGUGAUGAAUACCAAAGAGCCAAACUGUUCAUGAAAUAUAAAAUUGAUGAACUAACCAAAAUUCCAGUAGAAAUAGAGAGUAUUGGUCCUCUAGGAGAGAAUAUAACUGAAAUAAUACCUCCAAGAAAUGUUUACACACAUUUCACAAUAGCGACAGACACAAAUAACAUAAGGAAAGUCUUUGAUUCUGUCCACAGCAUCAUUUUGGAAAAUGUCCUGAAAGAGGCACUGCCUAUAUAACUAAAAAAUUUGAAGUGAAAAGAUAUACAAUUUCAAAUAUUUUAAUUCUUAUAGUUUCAGAACAUACAUUUCAUUAAAUUUAUAAAAAUCACCUACUUUAAUAAUGACCAUUUCAGCUGUUCUUUUGCAGAUUGAAAGACCUAUAAAUAAAUAACAUUUUCAAUAAUCAUAUCAUCAUUGAAAAACACCGACACCUAUGAGUGAAAAUCAUCCUAACAGUUGGCAACACUAUCUGCUAAACUUAAUUUGUAUAUGUCAAAGAUAACCAAUUUCAAAAUUUUAAAAAACAAACCAUAGAUGUCGCAACUUUGUGAUUUCCACUUAUUGUUUACAUAUAAAAUAAGUUGUAAAAAUUUUU